AUGCCAUCUACAAUACAGAUGUCUGAAGAUCGAAUUCGUAAUGGUGCAAAAAAAUUAGCAAAAGCUCGAACAACAACACAACAAGGUCGCUUGGAUUCAUUUUUUACUGUAUCUCAUACUGUUACGGCAACGACACCAACUACAAAAAAAGCCGAAGCAAAUAUUGCUACUAAUAAAGGUCUCAAACGAAAGAAUGGUCCUACAAAUGAUAGUACAUCGAAAAGUAAAGCCAGUGGUGGUUCUGUUAAAAAAUAUAAAUAA